GCACACACCACGAGCCUGCGCAGGCCAUGGGGCGCGGGCGCCAGACCUACUCGAUUUGUGCGACCUGUGGUGGUUGGGUCUACGACUGGAAGCUGGAGAGGUCAGGUGGGUGGUGCAACAAGUGCCAGUCAGUCAUGCCGGGGUGGAAGUCAAUGGCCCCAGGCACGGCGGCUGCGGACAAGGGCAAGAGCACAGGCAAGGGGCCCCCCUGGCGCAAGCCGACGGCGGUCCACGGCACGCUGGCGGAGCUCAGCAGCAUGCUGGAGCGCGUCGAGUCCCUCACGGCGCAGAUGGCGCCGCAGGUGGACCUGGGGCCCGUCAAGGCGGUGCAGUCGCAGGUGCAGGCGGCUGCGGCGGCGGCGGCGCCCAAGAAGGAAGUGUCCAAGGAGCUCGAGCUGCGGCAGGCGAUCAACAAGCUCAACCGCUGCCAGCUGGAGGUGGACAGCUCCGCGGCGGCCCUGCAGGAGGCGGAGGACCACGUCCUGCAGCUGCGCACUAAGAACCAGAAGGCCAUCGAGGAUGCAGCCGACGCGGUGCUGGAGCAUAAGCGCGCGCUGGCGGCGUACCAGGCGGAGACCGUGUGCCAGGACCCCGAGCCGCCUCAGCAGGCGGACUGGCAGGCACCUGCGGUUGGGGACCUCUUCGAUGACCUGGACGAGUAUGAGGAGGAGGACAAGGCCAAGCUGGUCAAGUUCAAGGCAGACAUGGAGGCGCUGGACAAGUUGCUGCAGGCAGCGGCUGGGCAGUUUCGGAAGUUCAGCGAGCUCAAGCAGCAGGCGGACCGUUUCAGACGACAGGCACAGAAGAAGCGUAAGACCACGGAGGACGAGACCAAGAACGACGCGCAGGAGGCCCAGGAGCAGAAGCGCGAACGGAAGGAGGUCAUUGACAAGAUCAAGCAGCAGGCCGAGCACAAGGCCAGGGGCGCCAAGGCCAAGACCGCCCCCACGGCGUACAGGGACGCGGCCCAUAAGUUCAUCACGGAAGAAGGCAAGCAGAAGGACAUCAUCAUGAUGUGCGAGACGCACGUGGAUCGAGGGCGACUGGAACAGGUACGUGAAGUGGUAGCACGAGAUGGCUGGAAGCUACAGGGCACGGCGGCGGUGCCCACAAAGCGGUCUGAGAAGGGCACCACGGGGGGCGAGUUCAUAUUGGCCAGGACUCACCUCGCAUGCACUGGAUACGACCUGUUGAGGAAGCGCAUCGUGGACAACGGAGACGUCGACCCGUUCAGGGGCUUCGCGGCGCUCAACGUCCACACGCGCUCGGGCAACGUCAUCCUGAUCUCGGCCUACCUG